UGUAAACUAAUAUAUAGCAGAUUUAUAAUCAAAAUCGUAAAUUAUUUUGAAAGUGCAACCGGAAACUGUAUUAAUGACGUUCCUCCUGGACGUUCUGACGCUCCGUACGGUUUUACGUCAACGUAAGGGAUCUAUGACAAAAGCGAGCCGUGAGGUAGUGGUCCCCGAAACAUGUCUGUUAUCCCCUGGGUUGACACGCCGAACAAGACCGGGGAUGGGAAUCUCCCUGCCGCUUAAACCAGCGAUUUACUUCACUGCGGCGAGUCAACUGGAGCGUUGAAACAAACAGAGGCAACCGGGCUCUUUAUUUAUUCAAGAGAAGAUGGCGGAGUUCUCGCCCGUCCUGCCGAUGCGGGAUGGAGGAGGACGAUUUGGCCAGCCCAUCUUCCCUCGGUCCAGGUCCGGUUCCGAGUCAGAAAGCGAACUGUCCCAAAGCUUGGCCCGGACCAAGAUCCGCUCGUACGGUAGCACAGCCAGUGUCACAGCCUCUCUGGGGGAGAAGUACAUAGAGCAUCGGGUUACAGACAGUGAUACCCUGCAAGGGAUUGCUCUCAAAUACGGUGUUACGAUGGAGCAAAUCAAGAGAGCCAACAAGCUGUUCAGCAACGACUGCAUCUUCUUGAGGAACAGCCUCAACAUCCCCGUGGUGUCAGAGAAGCGCUCCAUAUUUAAUGGACUGUCUCUGGAGUCCCCAGAUGGGGACGGUGAAGCAGCAUGCCAGGAGGUAGAUGCACCUUGUAUUGUGACGCAGGAUAUUGAGGGACCCUCGCCCGCACCUUCCCCGCCCCCCGAGGACUCCAAACCGCCCCAGCCUCAGCCAGAGGAGCUGUCAGCCAAAGACUUCUUACACAGACUGGACUUGCAAAUCAAACAGUCAAAGCAGGCUGCACGCAGGCUGAAAGAAGAGGAAGUAAGGAGCAAUGAGGAGAGCUACACGGCCCCCACAACGUCAUACCAGGAGAUAUAAAAGACCAGUCUGUUUACCUGAAGCCCAGUCUUGGACGCACACACACACACACACACACACACACACACACACUCAUAAACAAACACUACCACAACGUUCUUGCUUCUUUUCUUUUUUCCUUUACCUUUUUGCUUUUACCAAACCAUGUUGAACAAAAGUGUCAUGUUUGCCUUUUAUUUAUUGAUAUGCAAUUAUUAUGAUGUAUUUGAUUGUUAUCGUUUUGUACAGUUUUAUUGGGAGACUUAACAGCGCAAAGGGGCAUCUGAUAUUAAUAGCCUCAGAGCACAUGUGCCCAUCCAUUCAUCUUAUGCUUCUGAGGCUGCUGUACAGAACCCACCUGCUGCAUAUGUACACACACACAUACACACACACAUACACAUACACAUGCGCUAAGCAAUUCCAGAAGGAUUAGCUUGUUAGACUUGCUAACCGCUUCUGAUGUGCUCAAUCCCCUCCUAGAAUAGCAUCAUUGGGAAGCAUAUUCAGGCCUUCCUCAUCAGUGUUUACCCUGUAUGAGCACACACCCCCGAACAGAGGCGGUGGAUGGACUCAAGCCUUUGCUCCAUUUGCCUCAUAGAAGCUUUUUUUUUUUUUUUUCUUUGGGAACUGAAGGGACUGCUCUAUUUUUUGAAGUGUGAAUGCAUUAUUUAUGUGUGUGGAGAACUGUCUGUAACGGCUGUUUUAUUGUGCUUUUAAAUUCUAUUUGGUUUUAUUUGGGGAGAAUAAAUACG